AACAAGAAGGGGGUGUGCAUAGGAAAGACGAAAUGCUUGCUCUCCGGGGGAUCAAUUAUUGGAUACUGUGGAAUGCUAUCGUCCUGCUGCAGCCAUCAAAGGAGCUGCGUAAAGUCCACCCAGGACAAAGUGUCAUAUUUUGAGUCCUCAGAAAUAACUUCCGACACCACUCAUUGCAAGUACACUGUCAAGUUACAUAAUAAAAAUGUAUGUCAAGUGAGAAUCGACUUUGAGAAGCUAAUUCUUGCACCAGCGAAACGGACAGUUUUAUCGACAACUGUGAACACCGAAACAUAUCGAUGCGAGGAUGACAUCUUGAGUAUUUCCCCGAAUAACUACGGAAUUCCGCCAAUAUGCGGUAGAAACAAUGACCAGCACGUGUAUGUCCACUUGAGCGAAAUGGACGAACAAGUGAAUGGGGUCGUUUUGGAAUUUAGUCUGGCGAGUCGAGAAUCAACCUCCCUACUCGCACCCAGUUGGAAAAUUAAAGUGACGCAGUUAGAAUGCCCGAGGAAAAAAUCACAUUUCGAUUUAUCGAAAUAUAAGGAUAGCAAUGAGAUAGCUACCGACUUUCCAUUGUUAGCUCCACCCGGAGCUAUUCAAUAUUUCACGGAGCGAACUGGAGUUAUCAAGUCCUUCGGAUACGAUGAAACUUUAGACGACAGCAUUCAGCAGAGUUAUCCUUUCGGAGAAUAUUACGGGAUAGCAUUUAAAAGAUCGGAAUACGUCUGUGGUAUCAGAUUCAACAUCAAGUACCUUCAACUCGGGCCGAAGGCAUCUGGAACAACCGUGGCUGCCUGUUCGCAGUAUUUGUUUGUGCCAGAUGCUUAUUCGACUACUGUGACGACCACCAACUCUCAAAUAUGUUUGGGUAGUGAGGGCGAUUUCUUUUAUGAUGUGGCUCCAGGACCCCUAGAAAUAUUCGUCAAGGCCAUAGACUUGGACGGACCUAUCACCGCAGAAAAAUACGGAUUUUUAAUUAAUUAUGAAGUGCAAUCCCAUAAUACUUGUCCUACCGUUUCUUAGCAUCAGAUGUUGUCAGAGAGGAUCUAAUUGCAAUUUUGAUUUUCCACCUUGACUUUGAAAAGUAAAUCGAGGAAGUAUGGCAUUGCCUUAAUGAAACGUUUAGUGGUAGUGUAUUUAAUUGUCAAUUUAAUUGUAUUAAUUCAUAAGUAGUUAAUCAAAUACAUUUGA